UGAUACGUUCAUUUUGUAUAAGACCCAUUUGACAGACAAGUUGUUUCAUUAUCGACCAACUUUGGCAAAAGUUGGCGUCAUUUUGGUGAUCUUUAGUCAAAAUGGAAAACGGUAAUAUUUCGAACGAGAAUCUUGUUCCUCGAUUUCCAACACCACCUCUCGAGUCUGAGAACAAGCCAUCAGACCCAAAACCAAGUAGAAAAACCUCUUUUCUGAUAGAGAACUUAGUUGCCGAGAAGGCGUCUGUUACGGAGCAUGGAAUUCGUAAAACCGUCAAGAGAAAGUAUGAGUUCUUGGAAGAAAAAGAUGAGAAGGAGAACUUGAAAGAAUUUUCUGUACUAAAGGAUGUACAGGAUAAUCCUAAUGAGAUCAAAAUGUCUGCUGGAGAAUUGUUACUGCUGAAUAAAAAGCCAAGAACAUCGUUCUCCACAGAGCAAAUUCGUGAGUUGGAAAAACGAUUCGAAACACAAAAGUAUUUAGGAACUAAAGAGCGAGCGGAACUAGCAAUCUCCUUAGACCUCACCGACACACAGAUCAAGACCUGGUUCCAAAACAGACGAAUGAAGCUCAAGAGAUACUACCAAGCUUCGAUGGAGUCUUCGAUCGAGAAGUUCCCAUCUUUCAACUCAGCAUCUGGUUUUGGCUUUGGCAUACCACAUGCUCUACCUUCCGCCCCAAUAUUGUAUCCUCCAAUGUAUCCUGGUUACCAGUCCUUGCUUGCACCUUUCUUAGGAGGUGAUCCUACGGGAGCGUACUUCUCAAGGCCUCGAAUUCUAACCGAUGUUGAUCAUCCUUCUCAAGCCUCUUCUAUGGUCCACCCACCACUAGAAAAUAGGUCACCAUGGAGCUAUGCACCAUUAUUGGCUCCUUAUUAUGAAGUGCCAAUGUAUGCAUAUCCAUAACGUCCCAUAGUUGGGGUCUAUCAUUAUUAAGUCUACUCUAGGGCUACAUGAGAGGGUUUUCAUUGCCCAGACAUUCGCUUUAGACAAGUUUAACUUGCAGGGUUAUAUCUAAUUAACUUAGCUAAACUAACAAAAGUCGUAUUUCCUAUCGAGACGCUCCUCUCUAUUUACUUCCGUACGCAUGCUUGACACCGUAGUUGCUUUAGCUUUUUACGAAUUACCUAAUUUAUUGUAUUAUCUAUCUUUUUAACGCUUUUAGAUAAUUGUUUAUGAAGUAGAUUGCCAAGUUUGUGCAAAAUACAUGCUAAAAAUGUUGAAACCAGCCGAAACUGCUUGAAGCCAUUUGGACCACAGGUAGCCCAAGCUGAGUGUUUUAACGAGGUUCACUCAGUGUGUGAACAAUCUGAAACCCAAAUAUAAUAUAAUAUCCUAAAUAAAUUUGUUAAAGUCUUUCAAAAAUCCGCAUUCCAUAUUCUAUCUACCAAAUACUGGGUUACCUCUCAUUGCAUGAUAAAUUCUGAGAAGUUCACUAAUUAUAUAGACUUCUGUAA